AAUAAAAAAAAAAAACGUUUGGACACAAAUAGCCAAAGAAAUGAUGGCUUUGGGCUAUAAUUUUGGUGAUCGAGACCCGGGCACGGUUUGUUCUCAAAAGUGGAGAAAUGUAGAAGGAAAAACUAUGACAUUUAUUCAGAAUGGAGGGCCGAAGAGAACUGGAUCUGGAAAGCUGAAGAAGCCUGCAUUUUAUGAUGAAGUCAGAGACAUCAUUAAAGAUUCUGCUAAGGCGAUUCCAGUUAAUUUAAUGGAUACAAUGUCUGAUGAGACCUCAUCGUCAUCAACAAGUGGUUCUUCAAGAGGCAAUACACCUGUAUAUCCUCAAGAACCCCCUGCCAAGGAUUCUGAUGAGCCUCUGUCUGAUGACGAAGGAGAACAAUUGAUUUCCAACAAGAAUAAAGUGAGUCUUUUUCUGAAAGUACAAAAUACUACGAAGGUCAAGAAACAAAAAAUUGACAACAGUGCCAUAUUGGAGUUUUUAAAACAGGAUGCAAACGAGAGAAAAACGCAGAACGAAAAUCUUAUACAACUUCUUGCUCAAAAAAUGGAGCAAGAAAAUGAGUCAAAAACAUAAAUGUUAGAAAUUUUCUCCAAA